AUGGGAGAUCAGAGCAUUGGAUACACACUGGAUGAAGCACUUUCUACUGUGGGGUUCGGGACUUUCCAGUGUCUUGUCCUGGUUUUUGCUGGGCUUGGUUGGGUUGCAGACGCGAUGGAAAUGACGUUGAUCUCCUUCAUAGGUCCAACAGUUAAAUCUGAAUGGACACUUUCUCCUACAGAAGAGAGCCUUCUAACAACCGCAGUUUUUGGUGGAAUGCUUGUCGGAGCAUAUUUCUGGGGCUUCAUAUCAGAUGUCUACGGGAGAAGGAUGGCAAUGCAAGGUUCAGUCAUGGUUAUUGGAGUAUCUGGACUAUUAAGUGCUUCUUCCCCAGAUUACAAGUCACUGAUUAUAUAUCGUUGUUUUCUCGGAUUUGGUGUUGGCGGUGUACAUGUAUUUCCAUCAUGGUUCCUGGAGUUCAUUCCAGCUUCUCAUAGAGGUGCUUAUAUGCUUGCUAUUUCAACUUUCUGGACUCUUGGAUCAAUAUUGGGGGCUUCACUUGCAUGGAUUGUCAUGCCAAGCUUGGGUUGGAGAUGGCUACUUGCUUUGUCUUCUAUACCAGCUCUCUUGGUUCUUGUCUUAUCUAAUUUUGCACCAGAGUCUCCAAGAUACCUAUAUACCAAAGACAGAACUACUGAUGCAGUGGUAAUUUUGGAAAAAAUAGCUCUGAUCAACCGAAUGGAACUUCCCACUGGAAUUCUUCUCUCCGAUCAAAAAAUGGUUAUAGAUGAAGAAAAUGCUCCAUCAGACGAAACUCAUCUACUUUCCUCGACCGAAAAAAAGAGAAGUUAUUGUGAAACAUACUUCAAAUCUAUGCUCGAACUCUUUUCAUCAAAUUUACUGGGGACUACGCUUCUUUUGUGGCUUUUACAUUUUGGAUAUGCAUUCGCAUACUACGGAAUUAUAUUAUUGAUAUCCGAGUUGAGCGGUGGACAAAUAGAAUGUGGCUCGAUAACUAUCCAUUCAAAAAAUGCCCAAGAUGCUAGCCUCUAUAUUGACGUAUUUAUUAAUAGUUUAGCAGAAGUUCCAGGGCUUAUUGUAGCAGCAGUUCUUGUGGAUCGGUUAGGUCGCAAGCUUACCAUGGAAAUUCUUACCAUUUUAACUUUCAUCCUAAUUCUUCCACUGCUUACCCAUCAAAACGAGUUAGUGACCACAGCUUCUUUAUUUGGUGCUCGCAUGUUCAUUUUUGCAGCAACUUCAACUUUAACUGUCUACACAAAGGAGGUAUAUCCAACUUCGGCACGAGGCACUGGCUGUGGACUUUCAACCUCUGUGGGAAGAGUUGGUGGUAUGGUAUGCCCUCUGGUGGCAGUAGGAUUGGUUAGGGGUUGCCAUCAAACAGCUGCAGUUAUUCUGUUCGAAGUUGUAGUAUUUGUCUCUGGAUUCUGUGUCCUGCUCUUCCCAGUCGAAACCAAUGGAAAAGACUUGACAGAUAUUGUGAGUGUGGAAUAG